UGCCGGCUGCUAUAUAUAGGAAAUGAAGACUAGCGAGAGGCACUUUUGGAGUCCUACAGCCUCAACAUGAAGACCACGUUUGCUGUUGUCGUCGCAGCCGUCUGCCUUACCGUCUCUCCAGGGGACGCAGCCUCACUGGAGGGAGCUUUCGUGAAUUCGACAAGGAUUAUCCCUGCUCCCAGCAUAGCAUACUACUCCGUGAAUGGGACAGCCAUGCAGGAGAUGAUGAUAGCCGCUGUCUCUUCUUACCUUGCCAACAUGACGGACGGAAUCGGCUUCCAGACAGCCAACGCAGCCCGGUGGACUUACAGGUCGAUUCGCAACAUGCAGGAGGGCAUAGAAUACACUGCUAGCAGCAUCCAGAGUGGACUCAAUGCUUCAUUCGACAACAUCCUGCCAGUGCUGGCCACAGCCUACCGCAACUUCUCUUCUGCUGUCAAGGGUGGCUUGAGAUCCACGAAACACUUCAAUUCACAAGGGAACUUGAGAACAGGUGCUGGACAGCAGAGGGACAGUGGCAUUUGGACUCUGGACGAGGCGUUCGUCCACCUGCCGGAGACAGUGGCACCGGAGCUGCAGCGGCUGCACGACUGGAUCCUCGACUUUGCUUACAUCGGCAUCUCAAACGCCACUGCCGAGCUGCCGGCUAUCAUGGAGGAACGCCGGGUGACGUCGCUGUACCCUAGAGCGGCGGCUGCCAUGUUGCUGGCGUACAACUACCACCAGAGCUACGACCAGCUGUUCCAGGAGUACUCCAGCCCAGACAUCUACAGCGACUACGCUGCAGCUCGCGACGAACUGCUCUCCCUGGAAAUUGAGUGAAGAGCUGCAUCCAUGGACAACGAACACGUGUUGGUUGUUUGAUCACAACACUGCAUUUUGACGCUGUAUACUAGGAUGUACACAUCAAUAAAUGUCAUUCAAGCACAUUAAAGUAAUGUCUGAUGAUUUAAGUAUGUGUAGGAAUGAUAUGAGAAAGGAACUGACUUGAAUGCUGGAAAAACAAAAACCGUGAUAAAGAAAGAAAUGAAAAUAGAUAUAUAGUACCUUAGUUGAUGUAAAGCUAGUAGAAUAGGUUUCUAAAAUAAGUGUCCGUGGAGACAUGAUAAUGGAUGAAGGAAUUAGGAAAAGAUUAGAGGAGGCAUGCCAUUUAUUUAAUUCAGUCAGACAGAAUUACUUCAAUAGGAAAGACACGUAUAGAAAGGAUGGAGAUUAGAGGUACCUGUAGAUAGAUAUACCUACAUUAUGAUAUUACCUUAUGACUUUGGACCUUGUAUAGUGAGUAAGCGAAGAGGCAGAAACAAUCAGCAGAAAAGGUUACCACAGGGUUACAAAAAAGACUAGAAGCAGGAGAAACGAAAACACAGUCAUUAUAAACAACAACAGUGCAACUAGGUAGGAAGUAGCUGAAGCAGUUUGAACAUGUCUAGCGAAUUUCGAGAGACAAUAUGCCAUGGUUAGUGAAAGAGAUAAACUUUUUUCCUUUCAUAAUGCGAUUUACUCUGUGUAAUGGCAUGCUUUUUUAUUCCUUAGUUUUACCAUUGUAUCAUUUAUUUUUCUGUACCAUAGCGAAAUUGCAAUAAAAUGUGGCGAGCAAGACAAA